AGCAGCAGCAGCAGCAGUCCGCGGGAGCGCGCGGGGCUUGUCGCUGCGUACGGCUCUGACCGGGGAGUUCGGUGCUUCACUGGGCCCUCACCCUCAACAUGGAGUUUUUAAUGGGGAAUCCGUUCAGCACGCCGGUGGGACAGCGAAUCGAGAGUGCGACCGGCUCCAGCCUGCCAUCAGAAGACUGGGCCCUCAACAUGGAGAUCUGCGACAUGAUCAACAGCUCAGAGGACGGACCUAAAGACGCAGUCAGAGCCUUAAAGAAAAGGAUCGUGGGGAACAAGAACUUCAAGGAGGUCAUGCUGGCGCUCACUGUCCUGGAGACGUGCGUGAAGAACUGCGGCUACAAGCUUCACAUCCUGGUGACCACGCGGGAUUUUGUAGAGGGGGUUCUGGUCCGGUCGAUCAUCCCGAAAAACAACCCUCCAUUAGUCCUGCAUGACAGAGUGCUCAGCAUUGUACAGGCAUGGGCUGAUGCGUUCCGUAGCUCGCCUGACCUGACGGGCGUGGUGUCCGUGUACGAAGACCUGCGGAGGAAGGGACUCGAGUUCCCCAUGACGGAGCUGGACGGUUACUCGCCCGCCCAAGCCCCCAAAAAGCCUUCGCCUGGGAACGGGCCCGCUGUCACUACUCUGCCCACCGUGCUCCUCUCUUCCAAAACUCCGCUCAUCCCACCGCUGACUUCCGAGCUAAAACUGGCCCUGGAGGGAAACAAUGCGUUCACUCCCAGCCAGAUAAAACAGCUGAAGAUGGAGCUGGGAGUGGUGCGAAGCAACCUGACUAUGAUGUCAGACAUGAUGAGUCAGCUGGAUCCUGUCACGGUAAAACAAGCAGACAUGGAGCUGCUGGAGCAGUUAUAUACAGUAUGUAAGGAAAUGCAGGACAGGAUUGUUAAGGUGGUCCCCAGACUCAGUGAGGAGAUGCUGAUAGAAGAGUUGCUGGCAGCUAACGAUGAGAUGAACACCGCCUUUACUCGCUACCACAGGUUUGAAAGACGAAUACUAAACGGUCAAAGCACAGCAAAAAAGAGUCACUCAUACGUCAACCUAACAGACUUCGAUUUGACACCUGAGUCCAUCAGCCAUUCAGGGCAUGCAUCCGUUACCAACAACAGCUCACACAGCCUGUCAAAAGCGGACAGUUUCUCCGGUCAGAUGGCAAGACUGAGUACGAGUGAAUCAGACGACACGUUAUCAAAGAAUAUAAAUGUCUCAACUCGACAAAGGCCAAGCGAGCAGAGUGAAGUUGCAGUGGACGGCCUGGCUCAGGCUCAAGACAGCAGACUACUCAGCGCUGUAGCGGAUGACAGCCCAUCCUCCACCCGCAGCUCCUCCCCAAAGUUAGAUUGGAUGAUUAAAAGGGGAAUGAUUCCCAUCAACCAGUCCACUGUAAUGGAUGACAUUGAGCAGUGGUUAGAGCUGGACGAUGAGUAUGAUGACUUUGAAGAUUCAGACGGUGUGACCAGUGAAGAGUUUGACAAGUUUUUGGCAGGAAGAGCAAAAGCAGCUGAGCGUCUCCCGUCGGUGAGAGGUUCCCCGCAGGACACCAACCACUCCGAGUCUUAAGCUACACCUGGAACCUGCCAAACUAACAGUGCUCGUGAAGCUCCAUCGGCUGAGAAAGGGACAUUUCUUCCCUGGUGGACGGGUUGAGCGGCACAUUCGACAUGGGGAAUUACAACCCAUAUCUGAGGAAGAGCGUCGUAUAGCUGUGCACACUGCUCCUCGCUGGGGAGCAAGUGUGUUUUUUAACUGAUAUAAAUAUUGUUUUAUGAAGGGGCAGAGGUUUUUACUUGAUGCUGGUUGUGAGGGUUUGUCCAUGUGUGGAAUGCAAACAUUUGCACAUUUUAUAUGGUUACAUUCCUGCUGUUGAAAGAAAGAGAGGGGG